CAGUAUCGGCCCAACCAUACGUGGUGUUAACUCUAAUAAAAAAAAAUAACCAAAAAUGUAUAAAACCUAUGUAUAUUUUCACCAAACAUCAGUUGUUUACGAUAUUCGCAACAGUGCACAUACUCGAAUAUAUUAAUUGAAAUUAAUAAUUCGGAAUAUAUAUAUUAAUUUAUUUAAUUAAUAUUUUUAGUAAAUAAUUUAUUAAAUUUUUUGAAAUGUGGAUUAUUGCAGUGAAUUUAUUGGCUGUUGCGGGUAUCAUCAAAGGAGCCGACUGGUCAUAUGAUUUUGAAACACAAUGGCCGGGCGUUUGUACCACGGGGAGCCAACAGUCCCCAAUCAACAUCAUGUCCCGUGACGCGGUUGUGGACAGACAGGAGGCGCACAUCAAAGGACCGCUGGCCUUCAGAGGAUACAGCAACGUGAAUGCCACUGGUGAAAAUAACGGACAUACUGUAAAAUGGACAUUAGUGGAUGACGAACCAAUGCCCAUAUUAUCUGGAGGUCCACUGCGAGGAAACUACAGCUUCAUACAGUUCCAUAUCCAUUGGCUGUCAGAACACGCUAUUGACGGCAUGAAAUACCCAAUGGAAAUACACUUCGUUCACGUUAAGACGGGUCUGACAGUCGAAGAAGCACUUAAACGGCCAGACGGACUCGCCGUUGUUGGGGUUCUCUGCCAGGUCCAUAGUGGAGUAGAGAAUGAGUUCGCAUUAGGAGAAUUGACACCAAUGCUCCCUAGCCUUUUUGACAGACAAUCGGGGCCCUUGCCAGCUUCCAUCAUUGAUCUCACACGUCUGUUUAGUCCAAACAUGCAAUCUUUCUACACAUACCACGGCUCUUUGACUACCCCGCAAUGUCAAGAGGUAGUCACCUGGAUCGUUAUGGAUACUCCUCUCAUUAUAUCUGAUACUCAGUACAAACUCUUCAGCAAAGUGGACGUCGGUGGCAUAGACAACUACAGAAGCUUGCAGCCUGUCAACCGAGUCAUCUACCGUAGCCUCGCUUCCUGUGCAUCCUUGACCUUACCAAGCUCUCUUGGCAUCCUGGCUGCUCUAGUUAAUCUCUCAUCAACGAUGUCUGGUGUCGUGAGCAAAGGAAUCUGCACAAUUGUGAACAUGAAGAGGAAGUUCUGGGGCAACAAAACUAAAGAAUGUAUCAAAAGUGAUUGAAGAACGCGAACAUUUAAAAUAUUGGUUUCAAUUGGGUAUGUUACAUAUCAUUCUUGCAAAUAGGAAAUUUUAAGGAAUAUUUCAAGAAAUCCUUAUGGAUAAGGGAUUUUUUAUAUUGGAUGAACUUUGGGAAUUGUUUACAUCCAAAUUUAAAUCACUAAAUGGUAUAUACAUGUAUAAUAUC